AUGGUUGCACGGACUAUACAUGCUGAUGAUUUAUUGUGCUUUCUGUUUAAUUUCAGAGUAGAAGCUGAAAAUUUGAAAGUGUUGGAAAACAUAAAACAACUCUACUCAGUCAAAGAAUUAGUUAAUUCAAAAAAAUCAUUAAUUAGUCAUGUUGAAAGCCUGCUGGAAAGUGAAAAAUUGAAACUUGUUCCUCAUGGUAAUACAAAGGACGCCGAAAUACAGGAAAUAUUUCAAGUUAUCGAUUUAGUCUAUUUGAAUAAAUUAGAAUAUAAAUUACCUAUUUAUGCCGCAGUAAACUUAAAAAAAGUCCCAUGCUUUGCUUCAGGUUUAAAACAGAAUGACGAAAACAGCAAAGAUGAAAAAAUCCAACAACAGCUACAUGAAAUAAAAGAACAGUUAAAUACAGUCAGCUUAGGAAUAAAUAAACAGAAUAUGCUUUACUCGGCGGUGACAGCAAAAAAUGACAAUCCUACAUUGAAUGAGAUUCAAAGUCCUCGUUCUCUCCCAAGAAAUCCAGCUGUUCGGAUACAAAUACCCCCAACUGCACAACAACAUCAGCAACAUCCCUCCUCAUCAUUAGGACCUCUUACUCAUCAGCAGCAUCAGUCUCCAUCAGCAAUUCAACAAGAAAAUCUUUUUUCAAUUAUCUCGAAAAAGAAACGUCAAAUUAAAAACAUUAGAGGAACCAACAGCACUGGCAUGUGUCCCAAAUCAGCUGGGGCAAUUGUUAAAAAAAAAGUUUACUUUGUAAGUAAUCUUGCUGACACAGUCAAUAAUGAAACUUUGACAGAAUACUUGAAAACAAAUAAAUUUAAAGUAAUCAGUUGUUUUGAAGCAAAGUCUCAUCUGGGAAAAGGCUUCAGAAUAUGUAUUGACAUCAAUAAUUCAGAUAGCACUUUCACAGAUUCUGCUCUCUGGGAUGAGGACACAAUCAUUCGUGAGUGGGUCUUCAAACCAAAUAAUAAUAUUGACAAAAAGAAUAAAAAUGAAAUUAACAUUGAUGAUAAACACCUCAGUAACAACGACUCAAAUUAUUACACUGUUGAGGAAUUUUCUAAAAAUAUGUUAGAAUUACAAAAGCAUAUCGGCAGUGAUUUUAUCUCAAUAUUAUGUUUAAAUGCUCGUAGUCUGUUUCACAAAUUAUUGAAUCUGGAGAUCUUGUUGAAACAAUUUGAUUUUAUUUUCAAAAUUAUUGUAAUAUCUGAGAGUUGGUUAAACGAUGAAACUGCUGAUAUAAUUAAAUUAAAUAAUUACAAUUUCGUAUACAAGAAUAGAAGAAAUAGACGUGGAGGCGGUGUUGGAAUGUUUAUAAAAGAUGACGCAAAAUAUGUUGUAAAUGAAAGCAGCAUAUUCGAUGAUGACAACGUUGACAUACUUUGCGUGGAAUUUGAAUUGCAUCAAGCCUCACUACAUAACAUGAUAAUUGCCAUCUAUCGACCACCUAGUUAUAAAUAUGAGUCUUUUUUAGAAAAAAUUGAAUCGAUACUAAAUAGUCUAAAUCCACUUGAUAAAAUUUUCAUUGUCGGAGAUUUUAACAUUAAUCUAAUGGAUAAAACCUCCAAAGAUUUUCAAAAUAUACUUUUGUCGCAUUACUUCUUACCUUUGAUUGAUUUACCAACUAGGAUAACUAAUAACUCAAUUUCACUAAUAGAUAAUAUAUUUUUUAAGUUAAAUCAACAAUGUUAUAAUGGAAUAAUAAGAUCAGACUUUUCAUAUCAUUAUCCAAUUUAUACAGUUGUAGAAAAUACAGGAUUUGUCACUACAGAUACUCUGACUUUGAAAAGGAACAUAAAUAAGAGAAACAUUUCCCUAAUUAAGGAAGCUCUAUCUUCUGAAAAAUGGGAUUCAAUAACGGAUGAGAGUAACAUUGACACCUGUUGCAUGAAUUUUUAUAAUCAAUUAAAUAAAAUUCUUGAUAUUUACGCCCCAUUGCAACCGCUGAAACGGAAAAAUAAAAAGCCAUGGGUAAGUGAUGAAAUAAUUAAAUUAUCAAAGAAACAGAAUAAACUCUAUAAAAAAAACAAUUUCAACACCUACUACAGAGAAUGUAAAUAA